CCUUUGCAGGAUCCUCGAAUCAAGUGGUUUUGCUGUCGUGCUCGGGUGCCGUGACGUGUGGCCGCGGUCUUGCGGGGAAAAAUCGAAGGAAAUUCGCGACAGCUUCGAUAGAAAAACGACGUCGACGUCGAGAAGAGAAGAAAAGUUUUAGUGGAAAUUCGUAGUGAAGAAAAUCGAUUUGUGUGGUCUCUGGUCUCUUGGCUCUGCGGCUCGUCGAAGAAGUAAUUCCAACGCGUGCGAAAAGUUAAUUUGAUUUUCCGAAUAACUAGUAGUGAUUUGAUUUUCAAAUAUUUACUUAUUACAAAUAUAACCAAAAAUUUAGAUAAUUGAUACGAAACGCACAUAAUUUACCUUCUUUAAACAUUAUUUACACAAAAUUAGAGCGCAAAGAAAGUUCAGGAUCGAAAUAUAAAGGAGAACUGUCGAAGAGUUACUUCUGUAAAAAUAUAAAGUGCAUAAAAACCAGCAAAAUAAUAUAUUACGAAAAAAUAAAAAUAAUUUUUAUUUAUCGCACAAAAUAAAGUCGGAAAAUCCGAAAAAAAAUUGGAAUUCCGCUACCACUUCUGUCAACAUUGAAUAAGCACCCGCGGUAACAUCUCUGCUGAAACCUGAAAUCAACCUUGUCACUGGGAUCUACCAGCUUGUGGUUGUCUAGCAUCUGUCACCGCUUACCUGUUGGAUUACUCAGAUCAUAUUGCACUAUACAGGUUUCCUAAGAAUCGUGUGAAGAAGUCUAUAAAAGCUGAACGCCAUACAUAAACUCUAGCAAUGUUUACAAGCAGCUAAUUAAUCCAAACGAAUGAAGGACACCGGCCACUGAAUGGCGAGAUAAAUGUACUUAAUUUUGCAGAAUCCAUGAAAAUUCAGUCCGACCGCAUAAAUCGCAUACGCACAAUUAAGUAUUACUACAAAUUCGCGUUCUCUUAAAACCAAACGGACUGAAUUCACCGAAGCAGUAGCUAUCUUACUACGAAUUACUUGAAGACACAGAAACAACUUUUUUUUUCGCGCAAAAACUACAAAUCUUACAACAUUUCAACUUUCUUUACGUGUUAAUCUCGUUAAAGAAAAACAAACAAAACGGCGUCGUACAAGGAAUUCGUUUAACCCCAAUAAUCAGAUAGUGUAAAUUUAGGCUGGCUCGUAACGGUGAAACAAGGGGGGCAGAGUCUCCCGACGCAUCACCGGAGGGCGGAGCCACCUGUUGGUGGUCGCCCUGGGCUGCUAUGGGCUGCUUUGGUUCGGCCGGUUCCAAACAAACAGAUGCUGCCAACGAUACGGAGGAUUCGAAAAGUCAAAAACGACGCAGCGAUGCCAUCACGAAACAAUUGCAAAAGGAUAAACAAGUGUAUCGGGCGACACAUAGGCUCCUGUUAUUGGGAGCUGGUGAGUCCGGGAAAUCGACAAUUGUUAAACAAAUGCGAAUUUUGCACGUUAACGGUUUCUCGGAGUCGGAACGAAAACAGAAAAUCGAUGAUAUCAAAAAGAAUAUACGAGACGCGAUUCUGACAAUUACCGGUGCUAUGAGCACACUUAAUCCACCUAUACCAUUAGAGAAAAAAGAAAAUGAGGCUAGAGUUGAAUAUAUUCAAGACUAUGCUUCAAAUCCUGACUUUAAUUACCCUCCAGAAUUUUACGAGCACACAGAAGAGCUGUGGAAAGAUCGUGGUGUUCAACAAACAUAUGAAAGAUCAAAUGAAUAUCAAUUAAUCGACUGUGCUAAAUAUUUCUUAGAUCGUGUGAGUAUAAUUAAACAACCAGACUAUACACCAAAUGAGCAGGAUAUAUUACGAUGUCGUGUCUUGACGUCGGGAAUUUUCGAAACUAGAUUUCAAGUUGAUAAGGUUAAUUUUCAUAUGUUUGAUGUCGGUGGACAGCGAGACGAACGUCGAAAAUGGAUUCAGUGUUUUAAUGAUGUAACUGCAAUUAUUUUUGUAACUGCCUGUUCUAGUUAUAAUAUGGUUCUUCGUGAAGAUCCAACACAAAAUCGACUUAGAGAGUCACUUGAUUUAUUUAAAAGCAUUUGGAAUAAUAGAUGGUUACGUACAAUUUCUGUAAUUUUAUUCCUUAACAAGCAAGAUUUAUUAGCAGAGAAAAUCAAGGCUGGUAAAAGCAAAUUAUCUGAUUAUUUUGCCGAAUUUAACAGAUAUCAAACGCCAAAUGACGCACUUAUAGAACCUGGAGAAGAUCCAGAAGUAAUUAGAGCAAAAUAUUUCAUUCGUGAUGAAUUUUUGCGCAUUUCAACAGCUAGUGGUGAUGGUAAACAUUAUUGCUAUCCUCAUUUUACAUGUGCUGUUGAUACGGAAAACAUAAAACGGGUGUUCAAUGAUUGUCGAGACAUUAUACAAAGAAUGCAUCUGCGUCAAUAUGAACUUUUAUAGAUAACAUCACAAUUCAUCCACAGGAGAAGAAUAACACCGUCAUAUUGUCGUCGUCAUGUCUACUAUUAAUUUAAAAUAAAAAAGAUACAGCUAAACUUAAAAAAAGGAAAAAUACAGCCAAGAAAAAAUUAAAAUAAACUAAAUAUAACAUUAACUUCAGAAAUAAGCAUAACGUAAAGCAAAACUAACAAACUAUAAACAAAAAAUAGAAAAACGCAACGUCGGAAGGGAGAAAGCAAAAACAAUUACCUAGAAGCAAGAAAGAUAAAAGAUGAUUAUUUUUGUUUUUUUUUUUAUUAUUAUACGUUUCUAAGAUAGCCCCGCAGUAUGCGUGAUUAGUGAGGAAAAUCUUUCAAAGGGAUGCACACGCAGAAAAGGAUAAACAACAACAAAGUCAAAUGCGCAUUACACUGAAAAGAAACAAAAGUACUUGCACAGAAGAAUACAAUAAACACCCUACCACCACCAGAAACGCGAAAACAUAGACACAAAAUAACAAUCAAAAUGAAAUCAUCUAUACAUAUACAAGUAAACAUUCAUUACAUCCUCAAAAGUCAUUUGUUUCCGUAAAGAUGAAUAUUUUCGAAAUGAGAACAUUUACGCUGUUCAUUUUAUUAUGUAAAACUAUUAACAACAAAACAAAACAAAUCAUCUAGAAGAAAAUAAAAUAAAUCUGAAAAAAUUCUAGAAUAAUAAUUGAUAAAAAGUAAUAUAUAAAUAAUUAAGAAAUAAAGGAAAAGAUAUAUUUUUCUGCUUUUAAUUUUAUCACACAUCUUAGAGAAGAAGAUACAACAAAAGAGAAACUCUUCAAAUAAUGAUUACAUAUAGCAAAAUGAGGUAAAUUAAUAAACGGAUCAAGCAGAAUGUCGAUCAUAGUAAAUACUGGACAGAAUAGCAAGGCUACACACAGAGGUUGAAACAGAAAAUAUUUUUAUUGCGAUUGUAUAAAGUCAAAUCUCAUUUAGUUUGCAUCUUUUUCUUUCUUUCUAGUAAAAAAAAAUCAAUUUAUUUAUAAACAAAGCCACUAGGACUAUAUAUUUUAAUAACAUAUUCAUAGGGAUAAUGAGGAAGGAGAACUCUAAAUAUUUCAUUUGUAUGUAGAUUACAAAAUAAAAAAAGAGAGAGAACUUGUAAAACAGUAAACUUGUAAUUAAGGCAAAUAAAUUGAAUAAUUGUAAUUUAUUAAAUUAAUAAAUUAAAGAAAAAGAAUGUGUUUCACAAUUUAUAUAAUACACGAAUGUGUCUCGUAAGUCUUUGAGUAAUGAUCUGUGUGAGAAAGUAGUUAAUGUAAUAAAUAAAUUAGCAAAAAAGUCUUCUUUUCUGUUUUGACCUCUAUUUUUCGGAGUGGCAUACGUAGAUAACAAAGAUUUCGUUCGUUUCGGGUCUUGAUAUUGCAAAUAUUUUUUCAAAGUAAUAUUGUAUUAGAAAAUUUCACUUGUAUCGUUUUAGCCAAUUGUUUUUAUACUACAAAUACAAGUCUAACUAUGCUUUUUCGCAAGCCAGAUAUUUACAAUUUAGUGAUUUGAAUGUAAAACUAUUUUUUCACUUUGGAAAAUAGUUAACUAUAAAGCGCAGAAGUUGGGAAACAAAAACAUAAAUAAAACAAAUAGAGAAUGUGUGGCAACUAAUUGAACACCGAAAUAUUUUUUUCGCAGAUGAUUAUUUUGUUUUCUUGUAGGAAAAAUUGAUAAAAUAUCGCGAGAAGGAACUUGUUUUUAUAAUAGUGAAAUUUUACAUUUUUAUUGUAUAUUUUUGUUUUCUUUUUUAAUGUUCUACACAACUAACAAAUCAAUCAAUCAAUAUAUUUUCUACUGUUUUACUUGUUUGUUUUAUAUUUUUAGUAUUAUGAGAUACACACAUGCAUUUUUCUUUCUUUCUCUUUAUUUUCCGGUACAUGUUGAUAUAAUACUUUAAUUAUUAUUAAUAUGCAAAGAAAAAAAUACACACAACACGCAAAAGAAUGAAGUUUACAUAUAGAAAAGAGAACUUAUAAAAAGUAAUUAUAUUUAAAAUAAAAGAACAUUUAUCAUUCAUUAAAAAUGCAA